CAUCCCUGGCCCCAGCCCCUCUGGAAAGAGAAGUACCCCUUCGUCGUCGUCUCGCGUGUUCUUCUCCUCCCCUCCCUCCCCGGAUUCGUAUCCCUACCCGCUGUCUGGUUCGAUCCAAUUUGUUCUUCUCCCCCGCGCAGUCUGCUGCGUCCGACGGCGACGGGCCACGGCGCGCAUGCCCUGCCGGCACCGGCACCGGCACCGGAGCGGCGCGAAUUGAUUCCCUCUCAUGUUGGCAUAGGUAAGGAACCCUAGCUCCACUGGCUGGAUUUUGGAGCGGAUUUCGGAGCCAUGAGCUCGUAUUGUUUCCGAGGAUCUCCGUUGAGGGGGCUAGGGUUUGCCGCAACCGUGCUUUCUACCACCGUCCGUCUUCCCCGAUUUGGUUGCUGCGUGUUACCCUGCUAACCAGGACACACCCGUUGGCUCACUAGGUUGUCAGAAAUCAUCAGCAGGGGAAAAAAUGGUUCAGCUCUUUCUGCAAGUGCCGGCAGACGACGGCAGUGUUGAUACAGAUGCUGUGAGAGCGAGGAGGUCUCUUCUGGACAAGGCUGAGUCGGUGAUCAAGUCGGUUGUAAGGUCCGGAGGCCGGUAUGAGGCUCGGAUGUGGCUGUGCAGUACCGUCUCGUCGGUUCAUCUGCUCGAUCCGCGUGACCAGCGUGACCUCUUCCUCGAUCUCCUGGAGAUGAAGGAUUCGAGGCGCGACGUUGCCGCUCGCCUGCUGCGGAUGAUUUUCGAUAAGAAGCCUGAGAAGGCCGGCUCUGUUUUAGCGAAGAAGUGUCAUAUGCUGGAGAAGUUCUUCCAAGGAAACCCUGAGCGGAUACUGCAAUGGUUUAGCCACUUUGCUGCUACUGGGGAGUCAGCACACAAAAAGGGUGCUCGGGCACUUGCUCAGUUUGCAUUUGUGAAUCGUGAUGUUUGCUGGGAGGAGCUUGAGUGGAAAGGCAGGCAUGGUCAGUCUCCUGCUGUUGUUGCUACUAAGCCUCAUUACUUUCGUGAUCUUGAUGUUCUCCAGACAGUGGAAAAUUUCCUUGAAUAUGUCCCAGACUUCUGGUCUUCAGAAGAGCUUGCUGAUUCUGUCAAAGAUGGUGAAAUACUGCAAAUUGAUACAGAAUAUUUUGUAGAUCAAUUUGUCUAUUUGAUGUAUGAGGGGAAUUUCAAAGAUAUGUGGCAAGUAGUUGAAGAUUUUCUGAUGGAGGAGCAGUUUUCCACUCUGUCUCAGUAUAUUCUUAUUCAUCUAGACGAACAAAGGCUUCUUCGUUUCUUAAAAACAUUAGGGAAGCUCAUCAGUCCGAAUGCACAGUGCACAAAGUUAGCAUUCCCAUGCUGCUGGGUUGAGGUUCUUUUGUCGGCACAUAUUGAUCAGAUAUCUCUUGACGAACUUAUCCUAUUGAACUGUGUCAUUGCCAAGGGUAGACAACUUUGGCACCUCAUGAACGACGAAGAACACGAGGAAGAACGAGGGAGAAUGGACGAGCUUGUGAGGACCAUGAAUGACUUGACUGAUGCUGAUCACUUUGCUCUCAUAAAGGAUUUCAUGGGUACAAAGUUUCCUGAUGCACUUAAGUGGAUAGGCAUCCAGUCCUGGGUAAUUUUCUGUGGUUUGUCAAAAUUAUGCAAAUCAGCUGAUUCUUGUGAAUCUCUGUUCACUGGUAACAGCAUAGAAUUUCGCAAGGCUUAUGAUUACUCAUUGGUUCAAAACGACGGGUACUCAGUUUCACAUACUUCAGAUACUGAUGACAAGGAUCUGACUAGAAGUAGUCAUAAAAAAAGAAAAAGAGAUAAGAAGAGAAGACGGCAUAGAUAUGAUUCCGACGAGGAUAAUGUUGAUCAGCUGCUUGAACUGGGAACUUUCACUGGGAAGAGGGCUAUUGAAUCACAAUGUGGAAGCUGGUACCUGUCAACUGAUGACUUCUCUGCUCCUUGGGACAUUGCUGACAUACCGGAUCACCUUUCUACUUGUUAUCUUAGAGUAUGGCUGAAAUGGGCUUGCUUUAGAUGAUCCUCCUCCUUGUGACGCAUGUGUGGCAAUCAUACUAGCUUCUCUGGUGAAGUAAUCUUUGAACAUGGAGCUGUUUAUACAUGCAUUUUCCCAAAUGGCAUGUGCAAUCUUCAGAUCAUUCAUCCUGAUGAUUCAUGCAUUUUGGAUGUGUUAACUGUAUGAGUUCGCACGAGACCCUAGACCAAAAUGUCUCCUGGAGUUCAUCCGAGUAGGUUGGUGCCAAUGGAAAUUCCGGCUACAUGGACAUGGAAAAUAGCUGUAGUUUUGCCCUGAAACAAGUUUGAAUGCUGUUUUUGAUACUAUUACAGAUCUUAGUGUUGACUACGGGGUAGUACAAACUUAUCUGCAGUUCUUCCGUAAUAUGACCCGGCGAUACAUCGCAGUUUGUAACUGCUCUCGGUUUUUCUGAUUAAACGUAUUCUACGUGCGCAUCAUGAGCACCAGCUAA